AUGAGAGAAGUAGGCGUCCGGAUGCCUUCUCCGCGUAGUCACCGAGAUAACAAAUAUAUCUACCCCUUAGCGCUGAUUGACCAGGCGCUCCCUAAAGAGUCACGAAUACUGGCAACUGCGCUGUCCGAAACGCAGGACGAUAAAAAUGGGCCAUGGAAGGUGAUCCUGAGCAAUCAGAUUCGUUCAAAGCUGCUACCGAAAAAUGGGGAUAUACACGAGCAGUUCCUGCCGAUCGACGACCUGGUCUCCAUCUUAUCCACCGAGCCUAUAUCAAAUUUGUUAGGGGAAGUACUGAAUUGCGACAGUGAGACGUCACGAAUAAUAAGCUCGAAGAUAAUGGGGACGGAAACGGGGUGCGAAUCGAGUCUCAAGAUACUCGCAAUACUCAUCAUGAUAGAGAGGGCCGAGUAUAUCACCCGAUUCAUCGAGCAUGGCAUACGGGAUGACAAGCUGCCGUUACUACUUAACUAUCAGGCCGAGAUAUUCCGGAACUGGAGCCCACACGAGACGGAUACCUUCUGCGAAAAGCAGUAUAUGGUAUUAGCUCCUGUAUUUGACUUCACGAGAGGAGACCAUGUCGAAUGGGACAAGAAAAUCCGCAUGCCCUUUUUAGAUAAACUGGAGUGGAAAACGAGCGGAGCGCACGGGGUAAUCGCCCAAAUCAAGAUACACUCCCGCCAUCAACUACGGGGAACAGAUUCGACUCUCGGCUUUGAAACCAAUCGUUUCGCCCUGAAGAAAUUCAGACUUUCAGAAAAGGAUUUUGAGCAAGAAAGAGAUGCUCUGAUACGAUUCAGCAAUGCAAACAAUGGGCACAAGAAUCUUAUCAGACUACUACUAUCGUAUAACAGAGGCAGAAAACACUAUCUGGUCUUUCCAUGGGCACAAGGAAACCUCGCGGAGUUUUGGAAGACAUGUUCGAGCAACCCCAAGACAGGUUACCAUUCAAGAUGGCUCAUCAAACAGUGUUUGGAUAUCUCGGAUGGGUUAAGUGAAGUUCACGGCAAUAGCGAGCGGCUCGCGGAUCAAACUGGAGCGGGAAUGCUAGGCCGACAUGGAGACAUCAAGCCUGAGAACAUACUUUAUUUCGGCGAACCCGAUUCAGGUCAGUGUCAUUUGGUCGUUGCGGAUUUUACCUUGAUGCGUUUUCACUCCACGAAUACCGUUCAUCACACCGUCGCAGAUCAGGUGAACUUUUCGCCAACGUAUCGUCCCCCGGAAGUUAUUCCAGCAUCAAAGGCACGCGUUGAUCAGAGCUACGAUGUCUGGACUCUCGGCUGCGUAUACUUGGAAUUUAUUACUUGGUACCUGAUCGGCUACGCUGCCAUCCGUGAGAAAGAAUUCCGCGCUCCGACUGGGGAAUUGUUGGAUAGCUUUCGGACGAUGAGGGAAAAAGAGGACGGCAAUAGCAGGGAUCCAGAUGGUGGGUUCUUCUACUAUUAUGCUUGGUUGCCAAGGUUCCCCAAAGUCAAAAAAUCGGUCAGACGGCACUCAUUGAAACCCAUAUGCUGGUCCCCUCGCCGGGCAAGCGGUACGCGAUGA